CACUAGAAAAUCGGGCGGGGAAUACGCAAGCAGGUUGCCGCGUUUCGCGUCGCAGAGGUUGGCAGCACUGCCCCUUUGGACUGAGCAACAUCAUGGCUGCCAUGUGGAACGUCGUGCGGGCCAACACUCAAAGAAUCGCUAAUUUCGCUUGUCAUGGAACCCGGCACUGUAGGGCUCGCAGCACCUCUGCAAUCUCACAAUGGAAUGGCCUUCUACCCAAAUUGUCAUCUCCAAAGUCAGUUUCUUCCUCAUUCAUUGCUCGUUCUGUGAGUGUGCCAAGUUCCAGACAGUUUCACUGUACCAGCGCAUCUCUCAAUGUAGUUCCUUUCAAUCUAUCUGAUAUUGGAGAAGGCAUAACAGAAGUCGUGGUGAAAGAAUGGUUUGUUAAUGUUGGCGACAAAGUAGUGCAGUUUGACAACAUCUGUGAAGUUCAAAGUGACAAGGCUUCAGUAACAAUAACAAGCAGAUACGAUGGAGUGAUAGCCAAGCUUCAUUACAAAGUAGAUGAAACAGCGAAGGUCGGCUUACCUUUAGUGGACAUUGCAGUCGAAGGAGAAGGCAGUGAGUCAGACUCUCAGCAAACUGAAAGUGCUUCGUCCAGUGACAGCGAUGAGGAAGUGAAAAAAGUUGACGUGUUUUCUAGUCAUGGCAAAGCCCUUGCCACACCUGCAGUGAGGCGAAUUGCUGGAGAACAUAAGAUUGACAUUUCCUUGGUAAAGGGAAGUGGCAAAAGUGGACGGGUCAUGAAAGAAGACAUAUUGGCGUACAUAUCCGGCAGUCAAGCUUCAGCUGCGCCUUCAACUGCUGCACAAACAAACAAAGUAGCCCCUUCAGUUGUAUUCACAGGCACAGACAGAACAGUUCCGAUCCAAGGCUUCACUAAAGCCAUGGUGAAAACAAUGACAGCAGCAAAUGCGGUGCCACAUUUUGUAUACAGUGAUGAGGUGGAUGUCGGAGCUCUCAUUGAAUUGCGUUUAAAGUUAAAGGAGGCUGCUGAAAAACGGUCCAUCAAGUUAACUUACAUGCCAUUUUUCCUCAAAGCAGCUUCGCUUGCAUUGAAUCACUUCCCAAUCCUUAAUGCUUCAGUGAACGCUGAUUGUACUGAAUUGACCUAUAAGGCUAGACACAACAUUGGUAUGGCUUUUGAUACAGCCAAUGGACUGAUUGUGCCUAAUAUCAAAGACGUUCAGUCCUUGCAAUUGUUUGACAUUGCUCGUGAAAUGGAGCGGAUCAUUGCGGCUGGCCGGAAUGGAACUCUUGCCCCCAAAGAUAUCACAGGAGGGACAUUUUCUCUUUCCAACAUUGGUUCUAUUGGAGGAACUUACACCAAACCAGUUUUACUUGUUCCUGAAGUAGCUAUUGGAGCGCUUGGGCGUUUCCAGAAACUCCCCCGAUUUGGCAAAACUGGGGCUGUUGAAGAAGCACACAUCAUGUGCGUAAGUUGGGCAGCAGAUCAUCGAGUAAUUGAUGGAGCCACUGUCGCAAGAUUUUCCAACAUGUUCAAAGAACUUAUUGAGAACCCUGUUGAACUACUUGUGCAGUAAAUAACUGAAGACUGUUCCCCUCUUUUUCACAUUGUGAAAUUUCCAAAAGGAUUGAAGUAUUCCAAAUGGGUACCAAGCUGUGACCAAAUGUUGGCCAUUACAAGUAGAAAAAUGUUUUCUUUACCUGUGAGUUCAAAUUAUAAUUUGUAAGAAAGUUUGUCCCUGGUUAUUUUAUUUUUAUAAGAUCUAGGUAGUUUGUUUGUAUAGCUAUUUUGAACUAAUUCCCAGUGUUAUAAGAUGAAUGAUUUUUUAAAAACCAAGUCUGAAGUAUAAAUCAAUUUUAUUAUGUUAUAACUGUACAAAGAAUUUUGAAGCAUUUAAGAUAAUCAUGUUUGUUCAUAGACUGAUGCAUUCACCAGUGGUGAAAAUGUACUUGGUAAAUUUUUGACUUAUUGAUGAAUUUUUUUCUUUUUCCAUAUCUUAUCCAAAGUGAAGUGGUCACUUGGCUUUUGCUCAAUGCUUGUCAUUUUUUAAUAAUUUAUGAACUUAUUGUACCAAUUAAUGAUCUGAUUAAGUGUUCCACUUGUGCAUUUAUCAUUCAGUUUCAGAUUUAUAUUGCUGUUGUCAUUCCUGUCUUUUGCAGCACAGUAUACUUAUUUUCCAUUGAGGUGUAGGCUAUUAUAUGGAUUGAUAACUUCCCUGUUGUCUUCUCUUCUCACUUGAUCAGAUUUGCCCCUUGAGGCUUUUGUUAAGAGACUGUGUAUGUGCCAUUUUAUUGCCCACAAUGUUUGUUUAAAUUUUUUAAAGAAAUUUCUAUAAAGAAAUGCUGUUGUUGUUUUUUGUGCUUUGAAUACUGCCAGUUAUUUUCAUGUCUGAAAAUGCCAUGUUCCGUAUCAGUCUAUUAUUUGUUUGAUUGUGUGUCCACUCUUUUAAAAAGUUCACUUGUGGCAAUAAACAGUUUUAAAUUUGUACUCGA